CUCUCUCUCUCUCUCUCUCUCUCUCUCUCUCUUCUCAACUAGGAUAUCCUUGCGUUUCUCCCUCUCUCCUAUUCCACGGUUCCACCCACACCUCUCGCCAUAUCCACAACAUCCCUUCCUCCACCUUCAAAUCUACGCUAUCCACCAGAUUUUGUAGAGAUUUGUAGAGAGAGAGAGAGAGAAGAAAAGGGUAGAGAGCCUAUCAUCACUGCUGUACUAUUACAUUUGCGUAUGGAGAAAACGAAGAGGUACAGAUCUUCCAGUAUCUAUGCUGCUUAUCACUGUUCUUCUUCAUAGUUCAGAAGCUGUCUGAAAGAAGCCCUCAAAGCCUUCGACGAGACGACGGAAAGGAUUACAUUAAUGGCACUCCCUCAGCUGUUACCCUCUUCAUCCUCUACCCUCACUUACAAACCCUACUUACACCCAUCUCCUACUUCCUCCUUAAACCCUGAUUCAUCCAAGAAUCCCAAUCGUCUCUACAAAACCAUAGCUUCUUCUCCUUCUCGUACUCGUAAUCAUCGUCUUCGCCGUAGACCGAGUCUCCAUUGCUCCGCUUCUUCCUUCUCCGAGAAGCACCACACCGGAUCCCCCAAAUCCGAUGACCUCGUGGAACUACCUCUCUUCCCUCUUCCUUUGGUCCUCUUCCCCGGUGCCAUCCUCCCCUUGCAGAUCUUCGAAUUCCGGUACCGCAUGAUGAUGCACACCCUCCUCCAGACCGAUCUCCGAUUCGGUGUCAUCUACUGCGACACCGCCACAGGCACCGCAGACGUCGGCUGCGUUGGGGAGGUUGUGAAGCACGAACGCCUUGUCGAUGACCGAUUCUUCCUCAUCUGUAAGGGCCAGGAGCGAUUCCGUGUCUCGAGUAUCGUCCGCACCAAACCUUACUUGGUUGCCAAGGUCAACUGGCUGGAGGAUAGACCCUCGGCGGACGGGGAUAACGAUCUUAACACCUUAGCGAAUGAGGUGGAGACCUACAUGAAAGAUGUUAUCCGCUUGUCUAAUAGAUUGAAUGGUAAGCCGGAGACUGAAACUCAGGAUUUGAGGCGAAAUUUGUUUCCGACGCCGUUUUCCUUCUUCGUGGGGGGUACUUUCGAAGGAGCUCCCAGAGAACAACAAGCUUUAUUGGAGCUCGAGGAUACGGUGAUGAGAUUGAAGAGAGAAAAGGAGACAUUGAGGAAUACCCUGAACUAUUUGACUGCUGCCUCCGCCGUCAAAGAUGUCUUCCCAUCAUCUUCUGCGUGAGCACUGAGGUGAGGGAAAAUAGAAAACUUUGUAUCUAAUGCACAGCAACAACUACUUUUCACUGUAAGGAUGAUUUAAUCGUAAAGAUUGUAAAUUUUGAAGCUUAUUUUGGUUUUCCUCCAAUCAAUUCCUUGUCCUUGUUUAA